CUGUUAACACAGCACACAGUCCUGUCAAGAGUUUCACAUCAUAACGGAAUAAAUUAUCCUCAUCAGUCCCACACUAACAUUUAAUACACCGCGUAAACAUAAUAACGUCUAAGAAGAACAUGGCAACACAGAUACUGUUGUCGUUUUUGCAGCCUUUAUCCCGAUUUUGUUUCCUGGCUGAAAGUGGAGGGCAAAGUCAUAAUGUGGAAAUAGAAGGAUUAGAGAGGAACGCAUCUGUACCGGAGUCAGAUAUGAAAGUCCUUGGUAGAACGCCUCUUGGGGCACAAGUGGGUGACACACUGUAUAAAAAAUGACAUGGCAUAUGCCUAUUGGUGGCCUGCGCUGCAUCUGUUCAGAGAGGGCCCUUUCUUUCUGAUUUAAUAGGCAAUAUAGUUACAUCGACUUGAUUUUAUUAGUUAUAGAUAUAAAGGAGUCAAAGACAGUACAGAAAUAGCUCUUCAACGCAACUAUUUCAGAUGUUAGGAUGGUUAAGUGAAGUAGGUCCAAUCCACAAAGUAACCUCACUUAGGCCUAGGCCUAUUAUAGCCUAGGCUAACGAUACAUUUUAAAGUUGGUGUAGCCUAUACAAUAUCUGGUUUAUCGUAUUUAUCGUAUGUCAAACAAUUACAUACAACUGCAGAUAUACUAGGCUACUAUCCCAGUAAAAUACAAGCCUCAUUAGAAUGCACCACUGACUGUAUAAACUGCACAACCAUACCACCUCGCAUUCAGAGGCGACAAAACUAUGACGAGAAUGGGGCGGUCUUAAUUCAAAACUGGCCAGGUAGGCUGGAGGAUCAUUCAACACAUCGCCUUAAAAGUCUUACUUGAACAGGUGCGUUUGUCUAUCAUUUUAAGUGUGCAGAAAACCCUGUUUGCCACAAUGCCGGAGUCGGACAGGUAUCGCCAAAGGGAUGAUCCCCGGCAUAAAAGCAGAGAACGGGAGCAGUCUUCGAACUACACAAGAGAAGAUGAGAGUCAAACUGAGAACUAUUAUGAGAGGAGAAAUAGGACAGAAUAUAGAGAAGAGAGGAACCACAGCAAUGGCAGGAGUAACACAGAGAGGAAUUAUUCUGAAAAAGAGAGGGAUGCCUACACUCACCCGGACAGGACUAACUAUGACUCUCAUCAACACCAAGGUCAUAGAAGACAGUACACAGAAAGUCCUGUGUCCUCUUACAACCAGAAUGACCCACAACGUCGGGAGGCACUUUACAAUCUGAGAUAUUUGGGCACAGGAAGAGGAAUUUGCCAGGCAAUGGAGGCAUUUCUCAACAUGUUGAUCAUUAUCUGUGCUGGAGUUUCUCACAGCACAGCUGGGCAGUACCGUGACCUGGCCAGCCUUGGAGGCGUGUAUGCAUACUACUUUGGAGGUGCCAACGCUUUCACCGGUGCAGAGGCCGACCGGGUGAAGCAACUUGACAAACAAUUCUAUCAGCUCAAGCUGCCUCCAUACAUCUUCAGCAUGGCAUGUGGAGGGGCACUGAUGGGUUAUGCUUGCGCCAUGCUGUUUUUGGGGAUCUUUCGUGUGCCAUUCCGUUGGCCAUUGACAUUACUGGUGGAAGCCAUUCUGAAUGGCCUGAUUGGUUUAGGCUAUAUCCCUGCAGUGGCAUUCUACUUCAUUAAACUUCAAGAGACCUACAACCACCCCAUUUGUAAGGAGAGGGAGGAACUGUACAAGAGUAAAGGUCAUCAAGGCUUCCAGUGCUCCUUCCAUGGGGCAGAUAUUGCAGGAGGUCUAUUUGGGGUGCUGGGGAUCUUUCUUUUCCCCUUUGCUGCAGUGCUGGCUAUUAAGGCUUUCAGGGCAGUCAGAGAGCGCAAGAAGCAGAGAGAGCUGGAGAAUGAGCAUUUGUAGAAAGAGUCUUCCGCAGGCUUUUUUGUUCGGAGUAGAGGUAUUCAGGGGUUCAGGAUGCUCUGAGAACAAAUUUCCCCUCUGGACACAAAAGUGAGACAGAUCUGUUACUGGUUAUUUGUUACUGAAAAUGGACAGAAAAUACAUUUUACUACAGAACACAUCAUUGGAAUUUCAUAUCUAAGCACUACAGCGCAGGAUACACUAUUUGCACUAAAAAACUGAGUAGUCAGAUUUUUUUUACAUUUAAGUGCUGAAACAGAGAAAAAGGGCACCUGGAUCUUCUUGCCAUUUGUAACUUCUUUUGGAUGGACACUUUUACAUUCUGUUUAUCUACAGAUUACCAUGUGUAGUUACAGUAUCAUUUAAAAAUCUGUAGUUGUCUUUACCUUUUGUAUAAAAGCUGUAUAGUCAUAUACAGCCAUUUUCACCAGACAGUGUAUGAAAAUCUACGGUAUUUAGAUGUGUUUUUAAGUUUUUCAUUUAUAAUGUAUACAUGAGCCAUUUUAAUAAAUACUAAUUUCUCUACAUAUUUUUACCAUUGUCUUUGCACCCACAGAUAUAACCAGAGCAUACCAAAAGACCUACAUUUUUCUUUGGGGGUGAACACAAAUAAUCUAGUGUUCUGAACAGGCACCUUUUGUUCACAAAACUAGAACCUAAUACACAUUCAAUGACACUCGAUCAGUUUCGUCGGGAAAUCUCACCUAACUAGUUUGUCCUCUUUUGAAGUGGAGAGCAAGGUAUGAACUUGCUUUGUUUAUGUGCAACAGCACCGCAAUCUUCGUCUUGUGAAGAUAACGCAACAGUAAGGCAUUUUAAUCUAAAACUAUAGUAAUUGAACUAACCAGCUAAAAGUCAACAGACCUGCCUUGCAAACAGCAACAUCACACAACACAUGACCAUAUACUGUCAACAUUUGAAGACACUAUAUAAACUAGUUACCUAGAAGAUGUUAAAAAUCUGAAUAAUGCCUUUGACACCCAGAUUUGUUAUAUAUAUAUACACACGUGUGUGUAUAUAUAUAUAUAUACACACACACACACACAUGCUCACACGUAUAACACCCACUUGCAUAUUUUUCUAAAUGAUAAAUAUUAUACAGCUAUCACAUUCAGUUAUAGGAGUCAAUUACUGUGAACAUCAAGGUAAACAAAUAAAACCAUGAGCACAAACGUGUUCUAUUCUAAUUGAUGUCUUCAUAUUCAUAUGAUGACUUCUGGUCUGUAGAAAGUAAUGUGGACAAUGGAAUUUCACAGUAUAAAUUUUUAUUGCUACUUCGCUGAAAAGUUAAUUAAAAAUACAGCUUUUCUGCUCAAAACUAUUCAUAGCAGCAUCUCCCAAAAAGAAAUAAAGG